GUGACUCGGUUAUAUCUACAGAGCAAGCAGUUGAGUGGUAGUGUACCGCCUGAAUUCGGUGCUGUUACCAACCUUCAGUGGCUGUAUCUCUAUGGCAAUGACUUGUCCAGUGAGAUACCGGCCGAGUUAGGCAGGCUGACAAGACUGCAACGGCUGUUCCUCUAUGACAACGGUUUGAGCGGUCCGAUUCCGGGAGAGUUAGGGAGUAUAUACGACCUUCAGUGGUUAUCUCUCUAUGGCAACGACUUGACCGGUGAGAUACCGCCUGAGCUAGCCAAGUUGGGCAGCGCGUCCAAGCUGGAGCGGCUAUUCCUCCAAGACAACGAUCUGAGCGAAGAGAUACCG